GUAAAUUGUAUGACCGUUUCAGUUAAGGUUUACGUUCAAACUGAACCAAAAAUUUGGACGAAAUUUCAAUUGGACUGGCCAGAGAGGCGACAAAAAGUAAAAUCCAUGCACUUUUUAUUAUGUCAUUAAAAAAAAACUAUAAAUAAUAAACAAUCGAUACAAACAGACCGAUUUACGCACGCUGUCCAAGAAAACGCUUUCAUCAGCCCAUUGAAAUAAUUUCAAAGUUUUUAUUUCUUAAAAAAAGAAGAAAACAUUUGUAAAUAGUGCCAAAAAAAGCUUUGAAAUCAGCAAAAAUAAAUGUGGGUAAUUGGGAAUCAAUCACAACCAAAAUAUCUCGCCACAUAAAGACUCAGCAGAAGUUUGUCAUUUAUCUUAAUAUGAAAUUCGAAUAGUUUGAACGGAAUUUUACUCAUGUUCACAUCAAAAUCACAUUUAGCAACUAACUUGACCGCAACGUUGACCGAUCUUUUCAACAUUCUUCUAUUCAUUUGCUAAAGACCGCAUGAAAAAUUUCAUGAGACAGCAAAAUGUAUUUUCAGUCAGAGUGGCUGUAUAUUAAGUGGUGGUCGUAGAAAAAUUAACUGUUUUUCUUUGUUGAAUCGAAACGCUGAAGACUUUUUUCAAUCAUUCAUUUUCAAACUGUUGUUAAACUAUCUUCUUUACAAAUUUAAGUUGAAAAUACUGUGAAAAUGUGGAUUUAAUCAAGUCAGUUAUCGAAAAAAUGUUCGUCGAGUGUAAUAUUCAACGACAUUCGAUCAAUUUUUAAGACAUUAUCUGAUAUGAGGAUUUUUCCGGCUUUUUCGUCAUUGUCAUACCAUAGAUUUAUGUUGAAGCAACCUUUUGUCGGAUCUAAAAUUGAAUUGGUAUCAUUUUAAUUAAUUUUUCUCUUUCUAUAAAACUGUAGAUUGCAUUAGGAUAAGACUAUUUUGGUAGUAUUAUUUUUGGUUUGAUCAAAGUUCCAUUUGUUUCAUCUUUUACCGGAUGGAAGAGCUUCUAAAUAUGUGCACAUUUAUUGAUUAACUGCACACGUACACUGAUGUCCAAAUCUAUCAAUAACUUUAAAAAAGAAUCUUCCACCAAUUUCAUCCCAUUCAAAAUAGCAACACAACCGUAGUGUUUCAAUUCGGUUGAAUAUUUGAAUAGUGACGGCAUCGGCUCGAACCAUUUGCGAUCGGCUUGCAGCACAUAGCUGUCACACACACAGUUUGACAGCAAAAAAGAAUUUAGAGAAAAUUGGAAUAAUUCCAUAGCAGUGUAAAAAUACCAAAAACAAAUGAAAUAUACAGUUGAAUCGGAUUUUUUAUUAGUUCAAAUUUUCUUCAAUAUCGGAAAAAGCCGAAAAUUGCCCGUUUUACUUCAAAAAUAACGAAAUGUUUCGAGAUUUUUAAAGUGUAACGAAAAAAUUGCAUUUGGUUUGUGUUUUUCAGUGUUCAAACACAAAAAAUCGAUUUCAUACUGAGAUAACAGAAAGAUUCCCCCCUGUGUGUGUGUACCAAUGGUUCGAAAAAAUCGACGACAAAAGAACUCAACGGUUCAGACCGAAUCAACACAUUCCGACAAGUCCGACGAUGAUACGAAUAAUGAUGGAUUGAAAUGUAAAUAUUGUGAUGUGGUUUCAGCCAGCAUCAAAGAAAAACAGGAACACGAACAGGGAUGCGAGGCACAAGCAUCCGUGAAUACGUACAUCACAUCCGAAGGCAAACUUAGGUUUUUGUGUACGGUUUGUGAUCAGUUGUUCAAGUAUCAAACCGGACUGAAGAAACAUAAAUUAAGGCAUCAACCGCCUGGUGGAUUCAUUUGCUCCGAAUGCAAUGAACAUUUUGUAACCGACGCUGAGCGUUCUAUACACAAGGAAGUCAUUCAUAAGAUUUUCAAGUGUCUCAUUUGUAAUGAAAAAUGUACAUCGGAAGAAGAGUUUCUGAAGCAUAUAAAUGACUUGCACGAGGGUCGAGACAGAGAGUAUGUGGUGUGUGCUGAUUGUGGUGCUCAAUUUAGGCAGAAGAAUCAACUACGGUUGCACAUCGAAUCAAAAUGCGGUACAGUGCGUUGCCAUACAUGUAACCAAUGCAAUUCAAAGUUCAUGACACAAAAUACAUUGAACGCCCAUAUGCAAAUCCAUAUCGGAGAGAAGAAGCACCUUUGCAAUAACUGCGGAAACAGUUUCUUGAGCAGAGGUCAACUGAAGAUACAUGAACGAAGUCACACCAAAGAAAAGCCGUACAAAUGUUUGGUAUGUAAUAAGGCAUUCGCACAUCGCGAGAGUUUAGUAACUCAUUCCUCGCUUCAUACGGGUAUCAAACCAUAUCAAUGCCAGUGUUGUGGCAACCAGUUCUCGUGCAUUGGCAAUUUAAUCAAACACCGCAAUAUUCGGCAGCAAACGUGUGGCCUACCGCAAUACAAAAUUAUGAAGUGUGCUCCACGUGCGAGCACCAAAGUUCCAGGUAGUUUGACGUUGAAAAAAGAGACUCCAGUAAAACGGGCCUAUGCCAAGCGGAAGAUCGUUAGCGUGCCCGAACUGUUAUCGGUACGUGCUGAAUUAGCUAGCCAAACGGAACCAGCCAAAGUAGAACCAAAUCACGAACAGCAAUUCGAUGAGUUUUUGAUCUUGAAUAAUAAACCAGACAGCAAUGCUUGCAUUGAAACGGUCAAUUUCAUAAAAAGUGAAGUGAAUGAGAAUGAAGCUGCAUCGAGCGGAGAAUGUAUAGAGAUAUUGGAUCCAAUGAUUUUGGAUGCACCAUUAGCUGAAUGCACCGAAAAUCAUAAUACCAUAUCGUAUAGUAUUCCGCAGAGCGGUGUUUUGGUACUGACAUCGGGUAAUUACAUCAUCACCAGUUUGGGAAAUAAUAUCGCAAAGAAACCAAUACAAAUCAAAAUGGAACCACCACAAGUCGAGCAAGUCAUCAUUUUGAAUAGCAACAUACAGUAUGCCGAAAUGGAAGUCGACUGUCAAGAGAUUGAACAAGUAGUCGAUGACAAAAGGAAUGUGGAAAUUCUACAAGAAUCGACCGUAUCGAAAAACCCAAUAUCAAUCGAUGAAGCUGAAAUUGAUGAGAUUAUGAAUCAACAAUACCUUGAAAACAGCAUCCAACACUUGGAAAUUGUACCGGUUGAUGAAUCAGAUGGAUUAACCAGCAAAACAGAGGAGCCAUUUGAUCCACUCGUGUGCGAAGUGUGUGCAAGACAAUUCAAGCAAGAAAAGUCGUUGCUAAAACAUUUGGAUCUAAAGCAUAACAUUGAAUGUGAUUUCAUCAGUAAAGAUAUGUUCAAAUGCAAAUAUUGUGAUAAGCAGUAUGUAACAGAGAAAUUGUUGAGUAAGCAUAUCCCGUGUCAUGGUGCAAGCGGCGAACUAAUCCACAAGUGCUCCUGUUGCACAUUGUACUUUGAAACCAAAGAAAAGAUGCUCGAACACGCUCACAAAGAGCAUGAAGAUCGUUUGAAAUGUAAUUACUGUCACAAAAUGUACAAAGAUGUCGACUGUAGAGCGGCUCACAUUCGGAAAAUGCACACAAAAACGGGCGCACCGCAGAAGAAGUAUACGUUCGUUUGUGCAAAAUGUGGCAAGAAAUUCAAUUCGCGUGUUGCACUGUCUGACCAUGAGCAGGGUGAUUGUGGGCGAACGCCAAUUUACAAAUGCAAUUUUGAGGGUUGUGGAAAAUCAUUGCAUAGCCUUGGCUCACUGAAAAUCCAUCGGUUGAUACACACAGGGGAUCUACCAUUUUCAUGCAGCGUGAACACUUGUAAGAAGAGAUUCCGUACACACGGCCAGGUGAAAGUCCAUGAGCGCAGCCACAGCGGAGAGAAACCAUUCAAAUGCAAUCAGUGUGAUAAGGCAUUCGCGCACAGAGAGAGUCUACUUACGCAUCUAUCACUUCAUACCGGAGUAAAGAGAUUUGGAUGUCAAGGCUGUGGCGCCCGUUUCUCUUGCAUAUCGAAUUUGCAGGCACAUCGUCGAACCCACCAACAAACUUGCGGUCAAUUACCGCUCGAUACAAAAGCACAAUACUCGUUCAACUUAGAUGAUGGCACUGUGCUCAUGCCAGAUAAUAAUUCAGCAGAUACAACCGAUUAGACAACGCCAAACACAUCCGUGUGUAGUCUUUUUUAAGAUGUAUAUAUUAUUCAAAUUUUAAACAUUUUAUUAAAUGACUGAUUAUAUAUUAGAAUAAAUGCUAUCGUUGAUGAAUAUCUAA